UCUGAAGACUGUUGUCUAUUGAUCAUCAAGAAACAAUAAUAAUCACAAAAUGUUUUCUGUUUAAAACAAAACAUUCUCUCUUUUAUCUCAGUCAAUGAAGAAAGUCGGAUUUGGACAUGAUCAAGAAGCGUAAUAAAAUACUAGUUAGAACAUCUUAUUCCUCUUCGUGUCACAUUCAUAAACCACAAAAAAAAAAUAACUUUUCUUUAAUAAGAGUAAAAUAGUAAAUGAAUAAUCUUUUCCUUCUGCUUCAAGCAAUCUAAGAACCGCGUUAAUUAAACUUUAUAUAAUAAGCUCUACUUUUCUUCGCUUUAUUUAACUAAUAUAAAAAUUUGAGAAAAAAAUCAAGACAAUGCGAUCCUUUGAUUUAUAGACACUCCUUUUAAUUAGAUUUCUUGUAUCAGACAGACUUGUUCAAAAAAUAAAUAUUGUUGGAUAAAAAUGGUGAGUGUUGUGGGAGAGAUGUUUUGUAAUCCGUACACGACGGAGCUGGUGGUGAGAAGGCGGCGUGAGAGCCUGAAAAGGGAACACUACGACGUUUUCGAUCUCUCUGACAAUCUCAUCUUCACCGUGGAAGGUGGCAUUUGGAAUAUCCGUCGUAAACGUGUACUCCGUGACGCCACCGGAAUUCCUCUUCUUUCCAUGCGUACCAAGGGACUUGUAACAAUGAGAUACAAAUGGGAAGUAUACAAAGGAGAAAGCACAGAAUCUGAAGAUCUUCUUUUCUCAGCAAGGGAACCAAAUCUAUUAUCCUUCAAACCAUCACUUGAUGUCACUUUACCGCCACCCCAAAAUUCAACGGACAUUAGUAGUAUUGCGCCAGAUUUUCAAACAUUUGGUCGUUAUAUCGGCUCUUCUUUCAAACUCUUCGAGCCAAUUCACAAUACUCUUCUUGCUGAGGUGGUUCAUGAUUUCUCAUGGGGAGGACCUAUAAAAGGGAGUUACAGCUUCAAAGUGAGAGUGAAUCCAUAUAUCGAUUUCGCAUUUGUGGUGGCGUUACUUGUAAUCACAGAUGAUACUUCCAAUCUACGUUAGAAAACAAGAUUUCUACUAAUCUCAAGGGGGUACGUUUCAAUGUUUGAGGAUACAUUUUGUUCAAAGUAUAGAUAAAUGGGUUGUAAUACGGGAAAAAUGUCGUUUAUCUCCCAACUUUCAAAAAGUGGCCAAUUAAUA